AUGAGCCCACUAAUAUUUUCCACUUUACUUCUCGCCCUCGGACUUGGCUCCACAGUAACCUUUUCAAGCUCCCACUGACUUCUCGCUUGAAUAGGCCUAGAAAUUAACUCCCUAGCAAUAGUCCCACUAAUGGCUCGGCCCCAUUUUCCCCGAGCAGUUGAAGCCGCCACAAAGUACUUCCUCGCCCAGGCAACCGCUGCCGCCAUGAUCCUCUUUGCAGGCAUAACCAAUGCCUGAAUAACCGGACAAUGAACGAUUGAAAUAAUAACUCAUCCGCUUCCCCUGACAUUAGUUACACUGGCCCUCGGACUAAAAAUUGGACUAGCCCCAGUGCACGCCUGACUACCAGAGGUCCUCCAAGGCGUGGACCUCACUACAGGCCUGAUUCUCUCUACCUGACAGAAACUCGCCCCCCUCGCCCUACUCCUUCAACUUCCACAUGGAAACUCUCCACUAUUGAUUAUCCUCGCCCUAUCCUCUACACUAAUUGGGGGCUGAGCCGGAUUAAACCAAACCCAGCUCCGAAAAAUCUUAGCCUACUCCUCUAUUGCCCACUUAGGCUGAAUGAUGGUUAUCUUACAAUACGCCCCUUCCCUAACACUACUGGCUCUACUUACCUACAUCGUCAUGACCUCCUCAAUUUUCUUACUCUUUAAACUCAAUAACACUACGAAUAUUAACGCACUUGCAACCUCACAUACAAAAAUUCCAGUCCUCACUCUCUUCGCCCCCUUCAUCCUUCUCUCCCUGGGGGGGCUUCCCCCUCUGACAGGAUUUAUACCUAAAUGACUUAUCCUCCACGAACUAACCAUGCAAGGAAUAGGAACGUUAGCAACUAUUACUGCACUAACAGCGCUUUUAAGCCUAUACUUUUAUCUUCGACUAUCCUACUCCAUAUCUCUAACCAUGUCCCCCAACAACCUUUUAACCUCCCCCCUUUGACGACUUCGCCCUCACCAACCUACCCUCCCCCUGGCUAUCUCGGCCACUUCUGCCACCAUACUCCUUCCCCUAACCCCGGCCGCUUUUUUAGUCCGCUAA